GGAAGUUUAAAUAAAGCGGUGUUGUGUCCCGAAAAAUGGGGUCGUCCGUUGACUGUCAAAUACCUAAAAUUGGUGAGCUGAAGAGUCGAGAAGAGAAGAGAAGCCGAGAGAGGCAUGGCACUGAAAGAGCGUAGUCCUGAAACCCCCAAAACAUCCCCCAAGAAUCCACGAGUUGCCAACCGAUCAAUUGAUACAUAUGCUGCACAGUGCGACAAAUGCUUAAAAUGGAGGGUGAUUCCGACUGAAGAAGAGUAUGAGGAGAUAAGAAGUAAAAUGGAAGAGAAUCCAUAUGUUUGUGACAGAAAACCUGGCGUAUCUUGUGAUGAUCCUGCUGACAUUGAGUACAAUGCCACUCGAACCUGGGUCAUUGAUAGGCCUGGCGUUCCCAAGACUCCAGAAGGUUUUAAAAGGAGCUUGGUGCUGAGACGUGAUUUCUCAAAAAUGGAUGCUUACUAUAUCACUCCCACAGGAAAGAAGCUGAGAACACGCAAUGAGAUGGCAGCAUUUAUAGAAGCAAAUCCAAAAUACAAAGAUGUAAACCUCUCUGCCUUCAAUUUUACUUCUCCAAAGGUAAUGGAAGACACCGUCCCUGAAGAUGCUGUGAGAAAGGUUCCCUCUAGUGCAAAUGGCAACAAAAAGAGGGCAUUAAAGGAUUCAGCUUGAAGUGGAACUUUGUCUGCUGAUCUGCAGUAAAUUUUGUUGGGGUCUUGUAACUUGUGAGAUUGGUCUGGUGAGAAUUUCCUGCAGCUUUUUACCUUAUGUGAUCUUGUUGGUUUCGUCGCUGUCCUCCUCCCAUUCCAGUACCCUAUUGAUUAUUGUAAGGCAACUAGAAAGAACUGAUGCUUUGAGAAGAUGUUAGAACAGUGUUUUUUUAAUAGUUAAACUAGUUGCUAGCUUACUGUUUACUUUAUUUAAUUGCAUCAGAUAUUUCACAACCAGUCGCAAUCUUCUUUGGGUGCAAAAUCUAGUCCUUCAAUGGAAACCCGUAGUCUGUAGGGAUCUGUGUUUACUAGGAUUGCAGGGGUGAGAGCAGAGGCAUUGUUACUGUAUUUUUUUUUUCCUUAUUCUGGUGAUUGCAGCAGAGAAUUAGUUUUCCUUCGGCUUAAGUAUGGAUCGUGGACUGUGGACCAUACUACUUGCCAGUUUCUAGGAAGGCAGUGAUGCGGUUGGCAUCUGCAACUUAUUUGGUCUAUGAACCAACAUAACGAGUUAUUGUCGGCUGACACGAUAAACUGCGUCAAGCUUCUUGACAAUGGAUGCCAUUGAUUUGGGUUGGUAUUAGAUCCUUUCUCCUCAAGAGAGUGUGGAGUUAUUUGUACAAAAAAAUAAAUAAAAAAUAAAUAACAUUUUAGAGGUGCUGUCAUUUUGAAGUGUAACAUAUUUGCUUAUUGUGGAAAUUGGUGUAUCAUAGAGAAAUUUCAGUGUUCAAGUUGUAA